CCCGCACCUCUUUCUUCUUCUCCUUCUUCUUCUUACUCUCUUUAUAUCUUUCCUCUACACGUUUUCAAUUUCUGUCUAAAGAAGACAGAGGGCAAAAAAAUUGAGUUCCAUUUGUUGUUCCACCAGGAAAAAUCAUAUAUAUAUAUACACUCUUGAAUUGUCUUACUGUGAUGUGGGCAUUGUUCAUUUGGGUUUCUCUGCUUCUCACAAGCAUCACACAUUGGGUUUACAGCUGGAGGAACCCCAAAUGCAGAGGGAAGCUUCCACCUGGUUCAAUGGGGUUUCCUCUACUCGGAGAGACUAUCCAGUUCUUUAAGCCAAACACAACUUCAGACAUCCCUCUUUUUAUCAAAGAAAGGGUUAAGAAGUAUGGUCCCAUUUUCAAGACCAACCUAGUGGGGAGACCAGUUAUUGUAUCAACAGAUCCUGAUUUGAGCUACUUUGUGUUUCAGCAAGAGGGACGGUGUUUCCAGAGUUGGUAUCCAGACACUUUUACAAACAUCUUUGGGAGAAAGAAUGUGGGUUCACUACAUGGGUUUAUGUACAAGUACCUUAAAAGCUUGGUCUUGACUCUCUUUGGCUACGAUGGUCUCAAGAAGAUGCUUCCUCAAGUUGAGCUGACUGCAAAUAAGAGAUUAGAGCUUUGGUCGAAUCAGGAAUCAGUAGAACUCAAAGAUUCAACCGCAAGCAUGAUAUUUGAUCUCACCGCAAAGAAGUUGAUAAGCCAUGAUCCAGACAAGUCAUCAGAGAAUCUAAGGGCUAACUUCGUUGCUUUCAUUCAAGGACUCAUCUCCUUCCCUUUUAAAAUUCCAGGCACAGCUUAUCACAAAUGUCUCAAGGGUAGGGAAAGUGCAAUGAGAAUGUUGAGGAAUAUGCUUCAGGAGAGACGUAAGAAACCACGGAAGAACCCUAGUGACUUCUUUGAUUAUGUCAUUGAAGAGAUUCAGAAAGAAGGGACUAUUCUGACAGAAGAGAUUGCACUUGACUUAAUGUUCGUCUUGCUAUUCGCCAGCUUCGAAACAACUUCUCUCGCUUUAACUCUAGCCAUCAAGUUCCUUUCAGAUGACCCUGAAGUUCUAAAACGUUUAACGGAAGAACAUGAGACGAUUCUGAGAAACCGGGAAGAUGCAGACUCCGGACUUACAUGGGAAGAAUACAAGUCAAUGACUUACACAUUUCAGUUCAUAAACGAAACAGCAAGACUAGCUAAUAUAGUUCCUGCAAUCUUCAGAAAGGCGUUGAUAGAUAUUAAAUUCAAAGAUUAUACGAUACCAGCCGGCUGGGCGGUGAUGGUCUGUCCACCAGCUGUACAUUUGAAUCCAGAAAAGUAUGAAGAUCCCUUAGUCUUCAACCCCUCUAGAUGGGAGGAAUCAAAUGCUAACAAUGCAUCAAAGCACUUCAUGGCGUUUGGUGGUGGGAUGAGGUUCUGUGUUGGAACCGACUUCACCAAAUUGCAGAUGGCGGUGUUUCUUCACAGCCUAGUAACAAAAUACAAGUCCGAACUUGUUAUAGUACUCUCCUAAGUCAUAUGAUGAUUGUAUAGUGUUAGAAAAAUAAGGCUGGUUUUGGAUUUUCUUUUUUUUUUAAUCAGGUGGGAGGACAUUAAAGGAGGGAAUAUAGUUCGAACUCCAGGAUUACAGUUUCCAAACGGUUACCAUGUCAGACUCCAUCAAAAACUAUACUAGAGAAUGUUACAAAGUGAAGAGAAGCUGUUAUACAUUUUCUCCCAAGAAAGACCACGUUCAUCUUGAACGGGGAAGAUGUACCUUGAAUCUGUAUAUGUCUUUGGGUUAAGAUUUAAGAAUGAAAAUCAGCUACAAA